UUGAAAUUGAAAAAGAAAAAAUGAGGACCCAAUAAUCCAGAAUCGAAGUGCAGAAGGUGGAGUCCCUAAUCUUUGAAUCAAGAGGAUGAUGAUGAAGCUUCGAAGCUGGAACAAGCCCAUACCCAAUCUCCUUCAGAGACCUCAACGAUCUAUGCCAUUACCUUGCCUCUUCUGUACCAAAAGCCCUUCCCCGCUCUUCUCUUCCACUCCUCCGCCCACAUCGCCUGCUCUUCUUGACAAAAUCUUAACCAUACGAGACCCUAAAAUCUCUGUUAUUCCGGUACUGGAAAAGUGGGUCGGCGACGGACGAGCGAUUGGGAAACAGGAACUUCAGUCGCUUGUUCGCCUCAUGAAGAGCUUCCGCCGCUUCAAUCACGCUCUAGAGAUAUCUCGAUGGAUGACGGAUCGAAGAUACUUUAAUUUAUCGUCGAGCGAUGCUGCGAUGAGGCUGGAUUUAAUCCGUAUAGUUCAUGGUCUGGAACACGCAGAACAUUACUUCAAUAGUAUAUCAUCCCAGUUGAGAACUUCUAAUGCUUAUGGCGCUCUUCUCUGUAGUUAUGUGCGAGAGAGAUCAGUUGAGAAAGCUGAAGCCAUUAUGCAAGAAAUGAGAAACUUGGGGUUUGCUACUACGUCGUUUCCGUAUAACGUGCUAAUUAACCUCUACGCUCAGGUCGGGCAGCAUCAUAAGAUUGAUCUAUUGAUUCAAGAAAUGGAAAUGAAGGGAAUACCUCAAGAUAUCUACACUGUUAGAAAUCUUAGUGCAGCUUAUGUUGCUAAUGCAGACAUUUCUGGUAUGGAAAAGAUCCUCAAAAGGAUUGAGGAGAAUUCUGAAUUCAGAGCUGAUUGGAGAAUUUAUUCAAUUGCUGCUAGUGGAUAUCUAUCAGCUGGGUUGGAAACAGAGGCUCUCUCCAUGCUGAAGAAAAUGGAGGAGAAGAUUCCACCGCGUAAGAACAAAUCGGCGUUUGAGUUUCUACUGUCGCUUUAUGAACGAGCAGGUCGUAAGGACGAACUUUACAGGGUUUGGAGUACGUUCAAGUCAACAAUUAAACAAAUAGAUGUGCCAUAUGCUUUAAUGAUCACAUCUCUAGUGAAACUUGAUGAUAUUGAAGGGGCUGAAAGGAUUUUCCAGGAGUGGGAAUCAAAGUGCACAUUCUAUGAUUUUCGAGUAUUGAAUCGACUUCUGGUUGCUUAUUGCAGAAAAGGUCUUUUUGAUAAGGCGGAAUCGCUCGUUAACCGUGCAGUGAUGGGAAGAACUCCAUAUGCUAGCACGUGGAGCGUGUUAGCUAUGGGAUACGUCGAACACGGGCUCAUGAGCAAAGCAGUUGAGAUGUUGAAGAGAGCUAUGUUAGUUGGAAGGCAGGAUUGGAAACCAAACCAAGACAUUUUGGAAGCCUGUCUGAAUUACUUGGAAGAGCAAGGAGAUGGAGAAACAAUGGAAGAAAUGAUACAACUAUGCAGAAGCUCGGGAUCGAUAACGAAGGAGAUGUACUACAGAUCGCUGAGGACUUCCAUUGCAGGUGGAAAACCAGUGCUCAACAUUCUAAACCAGAUGGAGAUGGAUGGUUUUUCUGUUGAUGGAGAAGUGCACAAAAUCCUGGGAACUAAGACCAACUUGUAGUGAUUGGUAAAAUUCUUUUAGGCUCAUCGCAAGUCUCAGCACUAUAAAAUCGUUGACAGAGGCUAUGGUUGAAACACAAGACCAGCUCUUCUCGUGAUUGGUAAAAUUCCACUUGUUUUGGGUCCUUAAAGAAUUUCAAAUGUAAAUUUGGAUUGCCACUGCAAAUCCUCUUCAUUUUCUAUUUUGUUAGUAGAAUAGGCGAAUCCAAGAGUCCACCGCUAGCCGAUAUUGUCUUA